GUAGGGCUUGCAAUGAAUAGAGGGUGCAGACAAUCAUCCCCAGCCUGCCAGCAGAUCUCCAGUCCCUCCAGCUCCUCCUCCGCGAUCACCGCCUCCCUCUCCUUGCCUGCUUGAAGGAGCUUUUCCCAAUCUGCCAGGUCAGCCUCGGCUUCCUUGUGCCGUCAUCCCCAGAGCUGAGACGGGCUCACAGCUGCCCUCCUUUCACCCAGCACCCUCCACCGGCCGAUCCGAUCCUGCUGCACCGCUGUACAGGCAAGAUGGCGGGGUCCCUGGUAGAGAGGGAGACGAUGCAGUUGGACAGCAGGCAUUUAAGCAGUCCAUUGGGUUCUCCUGUUCAAGCAGAGGUCUAUUUUCCACGACUGACAGUUCCGUUCUGUGGUCACAUUAAAGGUGGCAUGAGGCCAGGGAAGAAAAUUCUCAUCAUGGGAAUGGUCGGCAUGAACCCCGAAAGUUUUGACAUCAGACUGACAUGCGGAGACUCGGAUGAUCCACUAGCUGACGUUGCCAUUGAAAUGAAAGCAGAAUUCAAUGAUAAACAAUUACUUAGAAAUGCCUGUGUGUCUGGGGAGUGGGGAGAAGAGGAGUCAGCUAUUCCUUAUUUUCCAUUUAUUGCCGACCAGCCAUUCAGAGUGGAAAUACUCUGCGAACAUCCGCGUUUCAGGGUAUUUAUCGAUGGACACCAGCUUUUUGACUUUUACCACCGUGUUGAACUUCUGUCGGCUAUUGACACUGUAAAGAUCAACGGAGACCUCCAGCUUACUAAACUUGGUUGACGUCUAGGAAGAGUUUGAUGCCACCAGUAAACUGUCAGCAGGCACUCCAGGACCUACGAGGAAACACAGCUCACUAUUUCUGCAGUGAUCUUGUGUCAUCUCUGCAGGACAAUAGUCACCGCCAGCCAUUUUGUUUUUGGUAUAUCAGAGGUGGCUGUUUGUAAACCAGAUUCUACUGACGUGGAUUACAUUUUGUCAUAACACAUUGGAUUUUUAUCAUUUUAUCAUUCUAUCAGUAAUUUGUUUAUUUAAGUUGCACAAAGAUGUAUUUUUGGAGUUCAUCUUUCCUUUCUACAUUAUCAUCAUCUUAGCUGCCAUUCUGGGUUUCCUU